GUCACGCAGGGAGCGACACAGCCAGGAUCUGUGGUGCCCUCCUCCCCAGCCAGUAUGCAGCCGCCUGCGCCCCCUGUGCCCGGGCCCCUGUCCCUGCUGGACACCACAGGGUCCACCCGGAGGAGGCGAACCUCCCUGUGGUUCGUAGGGUCCCUGCUGCUGGUGUCUACCCUCAUCCUGACUGUCGGCCUUGCUGCCACCACCAGGACGGAGAAUGUGACUGUGGGCGGCUACUACCCUGGCAUUAUUCUGGGUUUUGGAUCUUUCUUGGGAAUCAUUGGCAUCCACCUGGUGGAGAACAGAAGACAAAUGCUGGUGGCCGCCAUUGUGUUCAUCAGCUUUGGGGUGGUGGCUGCCUUCUGCUGUGCCAUUGUGGACGGUGUGUUCGCAGCGCAGCACAUGGAACUGAGACCCCUCAGCAUGGGAAGGUGCCAGUUCUACUCCAGUGGGACCGGGUACUUGUAUGACGUCUUUCAGACUGAGGUCACUUGCCACUCCCUGAUGGGCAGGUGCCAGCUGAAGGUGAGGAGCAACACCUGCUACUGCUGCGACCUCUACACAUGUGACAGCACAGAGCUGUCCCCCACCUACUACGAGUUUGUGGGUGUGCGUAGCUGUCAGGACGUGGUCCACCUCUACCGGCUGCUCUGGGUCUCGACAGUGCUGAACAUCUUGGGCCUAUGUGUGGGCAUUGUCACAGCUGCUGUGCUGGGGGGCUUCAAGGACAUGGUCCCCCUGUCACAGCUGGCCUACAGCCCAUCAUUGCCUCCUCAGAUCCUCUACAACCCUGCCCAGCAGGUCCUAGCCUAUACUGGCUUCUGCUCGCCCACAGCCAUGCCCACCUGCUCAUCUUACCCUCUGCCUCUUCAGCCCUCCUCUGAGCUCUCCCUGCACGAGGAUGCCCGGCCUCUCCCCCAGGGCAGCUCCAGCCUUGGGUGCCCCCCCAAUGCCCCACCACUCUGCACUCCAGCCUCCUUCCCCCUGGGGGAGAAGCCUCCCCCCUAUGCUCCCUGAUGCCGAGGCACUAGAGUGAAAAAUACUUUUUGUUUAUUUGUUCGUGUUAAAGCCUCCUCUAGAGCUCUUGCUUUUGCAGCCAAACUCCUGGAGAACCUUGAAAAUGUUCUGGAAGGCCAUGCCUGCCCACCCUCUUGGGGCAGGUCCUCUUCCAGGCCAGGCCAGGGUAGAGGGGAGCAGGGCCUCCUCAAAUGGAAGGGGCUGCCUGGUGAUUGUUGAUUUGUUAGAUCCCCUCCCAUUAGUAGGCUGGCUGUUGUCCUGUGCCUGUGUGCCUGCCUCCUUACAGGAAGUGUGCAUGUGUGUUCUCAAGGAGGUCACUCUUGCCCUGCCUCUUGUGUCCUUCUGACAUUUGUUUGGAGUGAAAACAAGCUUUGGUCAAAUAUCCAGUGCUUCUCCAAAAGGCCGGGAGCUGCCCGAGGUCUGCAUCAACUCAAGUAGAGCAGCCAUCUACUGGCUGGGACACUCUCCACAUUGUGCGCAGUCCUGUAGUCCUCUAAGCCAUCCCAGAUGAGUCCAUACCUGGUCCCUGCAGCAGAGCCACCAUGGAGGCUGCAUUCAACCUCUGUUCCAGAAAGGUGUGGGGGGUGGGUCCCAAGGCCUUCAGCUGAGGCCUCGCACAUGCACCUCUGCCAGACGCACCUGGGAAUCGGUGAAUAUCCUUGGAACCAGCCAAAGACUGAGUUGGUGGACCAGAGUCAUAGAGAGAGCCAGGGAGGCCCAGAACGCACCCCAAGUGAGUGCCUUGGUGUCAAGGAAUCUGGGGAUGCGUCCCAACAGUGUGCCUUGGACUAUUUGCUCUUUUGUGCUGAAGUCUCUUGGGAGCCAUCAAUGGCAGAAGGAGCUGCAUCCACUCAAAAGACAGAGCUGCGGGGGCUGGGCCCAGUGCCUCCCAGCAUUUCUGCCAGAAGAGGGGCUCUUCCUGAGGGGCAGUGCUACCCAUACACCCUGACCAUUGCAUCCCUCUGUCUUCCAAAGGCCUCACCCUGCCCCAACACCAUUCAUACUCAAGCCCUCCACACAAGAGCCCCCAAGUCUCACAGACUUCAAGUCUCCUGGGGCCCACGUCUCAUAGCCCCCAAAUCUUGCAGCCCCCAAUCUCAUGGCCCCCCAAUUUUUUUGGCCUCUAAGCCUUGUGAGCCUUGUCUUUCCUGUGUUGUCUGGGCUGUAAUAAACCCGCCCCUG